CACCAUUUAUGGCUGUAAGUGGAGACAUCAGGGAACUGUAUAGGAUCCUCCUGCCCCCUAAAAUAACGGUGUCCUCGAUCAGCUAAGUGACCCCACACAAGUUAUCCAGUGAGAACGAUUCCCUGAGCUACAGAAUGUGGCGUUUUCUCAUCUUCUCGUUCAUACUGGUCAGUUGGGGAGGGCCAGGUGCUCACAGCAGCUCAGUGUUCUACAGCAGCCAGGAUGCAAAUCGUGUAUUAAAAGUUCAGAAACGGGCAAACGGCUUUUUCGAGGAGCUAAAACCUGGGUCCCUGGAACGUGAGUGCAUAGAAGAACAAUGUGAUCUUGAAGAAGCUAGUGAGAUAUUUAAGAACCGAGAGACUACACUUAACUUCUGGUCAAAAUAUUUUGAUGGUGAUCAAUGUUUGUCCAAUCCAUGUACCAAUGGUGUUUGUAAAGAUGGUAUUGGACGAUAUGACUGCAUCUGUAAGGAGGGCUGGGAAGGACGUCUUUGUUCUGAGGAGGUCACGUAUCCCAACUGCACUCUCAAUAAUGGAGGCUGCACUCACUUCUGCACUGAAAGUGAGAACAACUCUACUCGUCUGUGCAGCUGUGCUUCAGGGUACCAGUUGGAUGAAGAUCACCACAGCUGUAAAGCAACAGUUGACUAUCCUUGUGGGAAAGGGAAGAUCGUAGAUUAUGAUUACUCUGCUCGCCUCACAGGAGCUAAGCUUGGACGAAAAGGUGACAGUCCUUGGCAGGUCUUACUACUUUAUGACAAGAAAUUUUGGUGUGGGGGAGUCCUGAUCCAUCCUUCCUGGGUUUUAACAGCUGCUCAUUGUGUGGAACAUGCUGGAAAAUAUUCUGUAAGACUAGGAGAAUAUGACCGACGCAGACUAGAGGACACAGAGCUGCAAACAUCUGUUACUCAGAUUAUUAUGCAUCCUGAAUACAACACCCAGAAAACUGACAAUGACAUUGCCUUACUACGCCUUGCACAGCCAGUUGUGUAUAACAAGUAUAUCCUGCCCAUCUGCCUUCCUAGUUUUGGGCUUGCUGAAAGAAAUCUGACCUUGGAGGGUACUAAAGUGGUAGUGACAGGCUGGGGCGCCCUACAUGAAGCAACCCGCAACCGUUCCCAAAUCCUCAGCUACAUUCAGAUCCCACUAGUGUCUUAUGGUCUUUGUGCUCAAGUCAUGAACAAUGAUCUAUCAGACAAUAUGCUAUGUGCAGGUCAGCUUGGUGACAUCCAGGAUGCUUGUCGUGGGGACAGUGGUGGGCCAAUGGUUACCAAGUUUGGUGGCUCUUGGUUUCUAGUUGGUUUGGUGAGCUGGGGGGAGGGUUGUGGAAGGGCUAAUAACUUUGGAAUAUACACCAAGGUCAGUCGUUACCUAGAAUGGAUCAGUCAGCAGAUGGCAAGUGCCGAAGCCGCAGCCCAAGUGGCAGAUGCUCAAAACCAAGAGAAACAAAAAUCCAACAAAUCACUGAAGAUUAAACCUUAGAAAACAAAGAUGUUGAUUGUAAAUCCUAGUUACACCAACAAUUAAACAAAAUCUUUAAUGCAUAUGCUGUCAUGAUAAGGUUACCUUUCUUUAUUAUAUUAAGAAGUGUUGAAAUGACAAUAAAAUAUAUACAGUGACUCACAA